AUGCAGUUCCUCACCGCCCUCACUACCCUCACCACUCUCCUCUUCACCACCCUCACCCUUGGCGCUGCCAUCGACACACGCGAUACCAAUGACCUCCAGCAAGAGGUUGAUAACCAGCUAUGCAGCCCCAAGGGAAGCGCUUGUGGCCCAACACAGGGUGAAUGCUGCCCGACCUUGAAUUGCUUCAUCCCGCCUCGUAGUGGUUGGGAGCCCGCUGAGUACAACUUCGAGCAGGGAGCGCCCAAUCAUCCAGUCGCUAGUAUGACGGUGUUACCAUAAAACAGGGCUUUAAUUACUAUGACUGGUGGAUGGUGGUGAAGCUCUUUUAUAAUUUACUUUUAUUUAAAAGAUGUCUAUUUAUUUUAGAUUGUACCCUACAAAACUUACUAUCAACAUAUACACUUCUCUUCCUU